AUGGAUGGCGCUGAACAAACAGUUGAAAUUACGCGAACCAACACCGGCAAGCUGAGGUGGACUGUGAAGAUGGAGCUCCUGCUGAUCGACGUUUGGCAGGAGAACGUCGAGCAGUUGCGAAGCAACCGCAAAAAUGUCCAUAUUUAUAUGGAGAUGGCCCAGUCUAUGAUGGAGGCUGGGUUCGACAUAGAUUACAAAGACGUACGGACAAAAAUUGAGAACCUGACCAAGAGAAAAAUAAGUGGUGGCGCUCCUUCUUCGUGGCAGCACUACGAGUUGCUUCACUCGUUCCUGGGUGCAUUCCGCAUCCACAACACGGAGAAGUCCAACUUGGAGAACGAGAACUGGAAUAAAUACUUUGUGGAGACAUUGGAUGAGGACCCCGAGGACAAUGUAGCCUCUAUCUGCAGCGGAAGCCAACGCUCAGGAAGCAAUGGGCCCCCUGCAAAGCGCGCCAAAUUAGACCACAAGGCCGAGCUUGUAGAGAUAGCCAGGGACAGGCUGGAUGAGCAGCGAGCGCAGACUGAAAUAAUGUCUAGAAUGGCAGACAGCCAAGCUCAGUUCCAAACUGAUUUGUUGGAGCUCUUGAGGUGUCAGAACAACUAG